AUGGCGUCCCGCUUGGCUCGAAGCGCCGUCGGCGCUCCCCUCCUCCGACCUGCCCUCGCCCGCCGAGCCGCCCCUGCCAUCUCCGCGGCCGCCGUUCGAUACACCAGCAACGUCCCCGCCGAGGAGCCCAAGAAGAAGGCCCAGAGCCUCAUCGAUGCGAUCCCCGGCAACCACUUGAUCACCAAGACCGCCAUCCUCAGCAGCACCGCCGGCGCCAGCAUCUACGCCCUCAGCAACGAGUACUACGUCAUGAACGAGGAGACCAUCAUCGCCUUCUGCCUGCUCUCCGUCUGGGGUGGUUUGAUCAAGUAUGGUGGCCCUGCCUACAAGGAGUGGGCCGAGUCCCAGAACCUGAAGAUCAAGAACAUUCUCAACAGCGCCCGCGCCGACCACACCGAGGCCGUCAAGGGCCGCAUUGAGGACGUCAAGCAGAUGGGCAGCGUCGUCGAGGUCACCAAGACCCUGUUCGAGGUUUCCAAGGAAACCGCCAAGCUCGAGGCCCAGGCCUUUGAGCUCGAGCAGAAGACUGCCCUGGCUGCCGAGGCCAAGUCCGUUCUCGACUCCUGGGUGCGAUACGAGAGCCAGGUCAAGCAGCGCCAGCAGAAGGAGCUGGCCGCGUCCAUCAUCGCCAAGGUCCAGAAGGAGCUCGAGAACCCCAAGGUUCUCCAGCAGAUCCUUCAGCAGAGCGUGGCUGAUAUUGAGAAGAUCGUUGCCUCCAAGGCUCAAUAA